AUGGGCGUCUGUUGUUCUACAACCGCAAAAGAAACAGGAGCAUUGUCAUCACGACACUUUGUUUCAGUUAAUAGCUCGCCGAGUUUAUUUCCAACUAAAAACGAAUGCGAGCAAGAUUCCGCCGUGGCGAGCCAUGUUGAAGAUACACGUUCACGCCUUGAAAAAGCUGUGGAGACGGCGAGUGUGGUAGAUUUUAACGAAAAGCGCUCAAUAAGUGCAUUUAUUGAGACUGGUGUAGAUCCCACAUGGGAGGCAAAACAUCGCCCAGGAGAGCGGAAGGAAAGUUGGGAAUGUCUGGUGCAUAAGCCUCGCUGGAAUACAGAAUGGAGUGAAGAGUCGUCCACCGAAAAUGAGGAUGGAGACAACAACGUCAUUGGAUUGAAGCCUUGCUCCUCCGGUGCAAUAAGACGACUUAAGAAAAAGGGCAGUACACGUCAGCCUAAUUGCAAAGACGAGAUCAUACUAUACGGUGCGACACAGCGCUCAUCCGCGAAUACAAACAAGAAAAAAGCAGAUAGCUCCCUGGCAGAGGAUAUCAACUACAUCUUGGACGACGAUUUACCUGCCGCGGAAUCAAGUGGAAUCAACCUAAUUGGUUCAAAUGGGUUAAAUUCACCCAGAUCCAUUGCAACACCGCCCUCAUCAUCGAAAACAAACAAGAAGAAAGCAGAUAACUCCCUGGCAGAGGAUAUCGACUACAUCUUGAACGAUAACAUGCCUCCCGCAGAAUCUAACGGCCCAUGUUUUCCCAGCUCCAACGUAAUCCCAAGCUCAUCCGCCACACGAAAUGCGGCCAAGAAAGAAGAUAACAACCCAAAAAGAGAUAUCCAGAACAUCGUAAGUGAUGGCAAACCUGAUGCGAAAUCAAAGGGGACAAGUCUAUCCAUCGCCCCUGGCUUAGCACCAGGCCCAAAAGCGAUCUAUGCCAAAAGGAAAAACAGGAAAAUGGACAAUAAAGAGCAGAUGCAGCAUGAUCCCUUGGCAAGUUUGAGCACAAAACAGCACGCCAUGAAUUAUCCAAUGAGGGACGAGGAGGUCACAGAAGAUGAGAAACUACCAAAAGGCAUUGAAUGUGUUUUGAAAGACGGUGUCGCAAAAGCUGAAUCAGGUGGGAAAAUCAACUGUGGUGCGUUGUCCUCCUCGAAAAAGGCGCCACGUAAUAAGACAAAAUCCACGAGGCAAAAAGACAUAAGGGAGCAAGAGAAACUAGCAGACCAUAUCGACUAUAUCUUGAAGGACGAUACUACUGCAGCUGAAAAAAAGGAACAAAUCUCCCCGGGUAAAAUUUCGGCCUCUCUAAAAACACGUCGUUUCAAAAAAUCUUCCAUAAGAGAUAAAGGCAUCACCGAGGAAGAGAAACUAGCAGACGAUAUCAAAUACAUCUUGAACGAUAAUAUCCCUGCAGUUGAAACAAAGGAACAAGUUUCCUCUGCAAAAGCUUCAUCCUCGCAGAAAGCACGACGUGCCAAGAAAAAGUCCACAAGGGACGAGGACAUCAGAGAAGAAAAGAAACUGGCAGACGAUAUCGACAGCAUCUUGAAUGAUGAAGUCACUGUAGCAGCAUCAAUCGGGCAAGUGUCCUCCGGUAGAUGUCCAACCACCAAGAAGGUACGGCCACCCAAGAAAUGUUCCACCAAGAAAAAGAAUUCAAAGACGACGAGGAACUAG